AUGGCUGACAGUGAGAACAAGGAGGUGGUGGAUGAAGUCCCGUUGGUUGAAGAGACAAAAGAAGUCUUGAUUGAAGAAGCUGGAAUCCCAACUCCAAAGGACAAAGAGCCAUCAGAAGAACAGACAGAGGCUACAAUUGCCUCCGAAGGGGUUGGAAAAAGCUCGGAUUUGACGACAGAACAGUCUGUAGAAGAGGCCAAAAUCCCCGCAGUGAAAGCAGCUGAAAUUUCUUCUACCAAGCCCACGGAGACUGCCCCAUCUUCAGAAGACCUUGAGUUCGCCGAAGAGCGUCCUCCUUUGCCUGAUCGCGGAUCCUCUACUCGUCACAUCCCUCAAAACCCCAUUUUGGUGGAACUUACGGAAGCUUUUCCUGGAAUUGAGGUAAAAUAUGUUAACGCGGUAUUAAUAGCAUCUCAAGGCGCUUUAGACCCGGCUUUUAAUGCGCUACUAUUCCUGUCAGACCCCAGCUUUGAAGCGGAAGCUGCAGUGCCAACUGCUCCUCCUGACAACAUAAAAGCUGCUUCCGCGAGUGCUCCAAUUAAUCAAUUGGAACAAGACGAAAUUUUGGCUCGUCAGCUAGACGCGCAAUUCAACAAGUCCCGCACUAGUCAUGGGCAGAGUAGUUCGCGCACUUUUGAAGAUGAACGUAUUGCACGGAACAAGAGAAUUCGCAACCGUCAAAAGGAAUAUGAAAGAGGCACCGCGCAAGGACGUAGACCUCUCACAAGCGAAGAGGAAAAAUACUACAACCAACUGGGGGACGAAGAUGAGGAGGACGACUUCAUAAGUCAGCUAAUGGACAAGGAUCUACCCGAAAUCCGCGAAAAGUUCGGACGUCAAGUUCAAGAAACUGGAAAAAAGGUGAAUGAAUGGAUUUCAGGUUUCCGCAAAAACUGGAGCCAAGAACAAUCGCAAGAUUCACGAUACUCAGAUUACCCUGAAUAUUCGCAACGCGGGGAUGCGUCUCAGACUAAUUCCAAUCGCAGAAGAAGUUCUUCAGGGUCUGAUUACGAGCACUACGCCAGACCCGAGCACAGAACGGCUCGCUUCAACUCUUUUGGAGCCAAGGAAGGCGACGAUAGUGUUGACACUUCCACAAGAUUGGCCAGUCACGGAAUCUCGAUAUACAAUAAAGAUGCCAACGAAGGCGAUCAGGAUGAUGACGUCGGGCCACAGUUGCCUUCAAGAAAUAAGCCUAAGGACGUCCAGCCGGAGACGACUUACAUUGAUACGCCAGAGGCUGGCACCCGCAAAAAGUGGCAACCCUUGUCUCCAGAGCCAAUGGUCGCCACACCCAGCAAAACCAACGUUACUGCUAGCAAGAAAAAGACACGUUCGGGGUACGAUGACAACGAAAACGAGUUCCUCAUCAACAGUGAUGACGAGUUGUGA